AUGCCCCUUAUCUAUAUAAAUAUCACACUAGCAUUCACCAUAUCACUCCUAGGCAUGCUAGUCUACCGCUCACACCUAAUAUCCUCCCUACUAUGCCUAGAGGGAAUAAUGUUAUCAUUAUUCAUUAUAAUCACCCUCAUAACCCUCAACACCCACUCUCUCCUAGCCAACAUCAUACCCAUCACCAUAUUAGUCUUCGCUGCCUGCGAAGCAGCAGUAGGCCUCGCCUUGCUAGCCUCAAUCUCCAACACAUACGGCCUAGACUACGUCAACAACCUAAACCUGCUUCAAUGCUAA